AUGAGUCAAACAGGGAACAAGAGUUCCUCAGAUGGAGAAACUAAACCCCAGACUUUAUUUGUCAACAAAUGCAUCAGGGGGUCAAAAUUCAGGUCCCCCAAAGCUGAAAACAGAAAAGAGAGCAAUGACCUUAAAACAACUGCUUUUCGACCCAGCGACGAGACACCGAAACCUAACAUGAUGACCAGCUACACAGCUAAGACUAUCACUUCAGAAAUGGAAUUAAGACCCAGGAUGGAGGAAAAAACGUUCCCGCCGAAGUUGGGCAAAAACCCUGUCGACAAGUGUCUAGAUUUGAACAACUGUAGACUAACAACAGCGGAUGUGAGGGAGCCAGGAGAAGCACUUAAAGCGCUGCCUGAACUUGAGUUGAAUUUGUCCUGGAACAGUAAAGUGGGAGGAAACUUGCCUCUGAUCCUCCGGACAUUCCGAGAAGGGAGCAAGAUACAAAUGCCUGAGCUUGUGGACUACGCCCUCACGUCAGAAGAUGGGGCGUUUGUGGGUCAGUUGCUACUUAGGCUGCAAAACCUUGAAGUACUUGAUCUUUCUAUUAACAGAAACAUCGGUGGCAGUCUCAACAGUAUUGCUCAGGGAUUAAAAAGUACCUUAAAUCUGAAAGUCUUGAAGUUACAUUCAUGUGGGUUAUCACAAAAGAGUGUCAAACUACUGGAUGCUGCUUUUAGACACUUGUGUGAGCUGAGGACGCUAGACAUUUCCUGCAACAAGGAGAUGAGUGGAGGGUUUGAAGACUCCCCGGGGGUGGCCGUGCUCGAGCAUCUGGAGGGGCUGGAUCUUCACCAGUGCUCGCUGAUGGCCGACGACGUGAUGUGGCUGACCCGCUGUAUCCCUUUUCUCUCGAGUUUUCAAGAAUUGGACUUAUCUGCCAACAGAAAGAUGGGCAGCUCUUCUGAAAAACUACUCAGCAGGCUCUGAUUUUUACCAGCACUGAAGCCAUUGUUAAUCAACAACUGUGCUUUGGAAAGUGAGACUUUUACUGCCCUGGCUGAAGCCUGCGUUCACCUCCCUGCUCUGGAAAUAGUCAACCUUUCUUGGAAUAAGUGUGUUGUGCUCCUGGAAACGCUAAAGCUUUCAACGUCCCUUCAGGUGCUGAGGCUGAGCAGCUGUUCCCUGGUGACAGAGGACGUGGCUCUUCUGGCAUCGGUAAUCCAGACAGGUCACCUGCCCAGGCUGCGGAAGCUGGACCUGAGCUAUAAUGACAGCAUCUGUGAUGCAGAAUGGACCAUCUUCUGCCAAAACCUGUGGCUCCUCAAAGAGUUAACCGAGCUGGAUAUUAGCCUUCAGCCAUCAGCUUUUCAGGAGCGUGGACAAUGGUUUAGACACUUGUUAUGUGCCGUGACCAAACUUCCUGAGAUCACCGAGAUAGGAAUGAAGAGGUGGAUCCUCCCAGCCUCACAAGAGGAAGAACUAGAAGGCUUUGACCAAGAUCACAAAAGCAGCAUUCACUUUGACCAUGGUGGGUUUCAGGAAGCUGACUUCUCAAGGCUCAACUAA